CACCGCUGUGACUGAGUCUGCCCUGGUUCCUUCCCACUGCAAAGGCUGACUGUCCCCAAUGUGAAGAGAGUCAGGUCCAGGCCUUCAGAGAGCAGAGGGGUGAGGGGCACAGAGCCAACGCCCUAAGCCCAUUUUCACCCACCCCUCUCACCCCAAUUGCACAUAUUCAUAUACGCUCACUCGAUGCCAGAUCAAGAUGGGAAACGGAACAGAAGAGGAUUAUAACUUUGUCUUCAAGGUGGUGCUGAUAGGGGAGUCCGGAGUGGGGAAGACUAACUUGUUGUCAAGAUUCACACGAAAUGAGUUCAGCCAUGACAGUCGGACAACCAUUGGGGUGGAAUUCUCUACUCGAACUGUGCUGCUAGGAACAGCUGCUGUCAAAGCCCAGAUCUGGGACACUGCUGGGCUGGAACGAUACCGUGCCAUCACUUCAGCGUAUUAUCGAGGGGCAGUUGGGGCCUUGCUGGUAUUUGACCUAACCAAGCACCAGACUUAUGCUGUGGUAGAGCGCUGGCUGAAGGAGCUAUAUGACCAUGCAGAGGCUACCAUUGUUGUCAUGCUGGUGGGCAACAAGAGUGACCUGAGCCAGGCUAGAGAAGUGCCCACUGACGAGGCUCGAAUGUUUGCUGAAAAUAAUGGACUCCUGUUUAUUGAGACCUCAGCUCUUGACUCCACUAAUGUUGAGCUGGCCUUUGAAACUGUUCUCAAAGAGAUCUUCACCAAGGUGUCCAAGCAGCGGCAGAACAAUUCCCGUGCCAACGCAGUCACCCUGGGCAAUGCCCAAACCGGGCAAGAGCUGGGGUCUGAGGCAAGGAAGGCUUGCUGUAUCAGCCUCUGAAGCCAGCUGGUGACCUGAGUGUCUUGGCUUGAAGCCUCUUCCAUUUGGCCUGAAUUCCUCAUCAUUUUCUCCACAUAAGUCUCAGCCUAAAAGAUGACCCCUUCAGUUAUACUCUCACUAAGCAGAGGGAGAAGGGACAAAAAUGCCUAGAAAGCCAUUCCUAGUUGACUUGUGGGAUCUGUGACUGAUCACUUUCUUAAGAGUUUUAGGGGAGUUUCUAUAGCCUAAUUCCACACACUCCAUUACUCCUAUAGGUCCUUUUUCCUCCAUACAAGAUUGACUUGCUUCUGGGAUAUUUCUGUUUCCUUUGAGGUCACCUGGCCCUAAGCACUUUGCUCUCCCCAUCCAGGAAUCCAGGAUUCUGCUUUUUUUUUUUUUUUUUUUUUUGCUAUGUUCUCCCAAGUCCCUCCAGCAACGCGCCUCCUCUUCCCAUCCCCAUACGUCUUACCAAUAAAACUG